UAAAGAUAGUCAAAAAACGGACACUGACAUAAUCGAUGAGAUGCAUACUCUGGUAAAUGAGACUAAGAGGAAACUUGGGAAUACGAAGAUCGUUCUAUCUUUACCACCACCAAGAAGCGACAAUGAAUUAUGGAAUAUUAGAUCAGCAUCCAUAUCAGCCCAGCUACAAGCUAAAUAUCAUGAUGAUCGACAGGUUACCUGCUCUCUAAACAGCAACCUUGGAAGAAAUGGAACCCCAAACACAUCUUUAUACAGAGACGGAGUUCACCCAAACGAAAGGGGUACAUCAGUUCUAUGUAAAAACAUCCUUGAUUGCAUCAGGAAACUAUGUAACAUCACUCCCCCACAAAGGUUUGGUCCUAAGAGACCAUUUCAAGGCCAGAGAAAAUGGUGAAACUAACCAUCUAAACACAUCAUUUGUCAAUUACUGAAAAGUACAUGUAGUGUUGGGUAUAAAAUACCAUUUAUAUUAAGUUUUAGUACAAGUAC